GCAAAUGCUGCCAAACCCACGUACACAGUGGUGGCGCCCAUUAAAUUGAGGCCAAAUGCCGAAUACCACGUGAGUAUAUCGGUGUACGACUCGCCCCAACCCAUCGAAGUGGAUGUGACGGUGAGCGGGCCCUCCGAGAGCGGCUCAUUCAACAGCAACAGUAAGACAGUAGUCGUGAAUCCGUCGGAAACGCGAAUCUUAAACCUGGAAAUCGGCGAAUGGUCUAAAGGCAACUACAAACUCAUUGUGGGCGGGAGGGGGGCCUUCCAGUUCAAGAAUGAGACUUCACUCGAGUACCAGCAGAAGAGUUAUUCCGUAUUCAUUCAGACCGAUAAAGCCAUAUAUAAGCCAGGACAGUUAGUUCAGUUCAGGGCUAUUGUUGUGAACCCAUCGCUGGUUCCUUCAGUGACAGGCGCUCUGGAUAUCUAUAUAAAAGACGCCAAAGGAAAUCGCAUUAAACAGUGGACUCGAGUUUUCACAUCAAAAGGUGUCGUAUCACAAGAGCUGCAACUGUCCGAACAGCCCGUGUUGGGGGACUGGACUAUAUUUGUAGAGGUUUUGGGUCAGAAAUUUCAGAAGUCAUUUACAGUGGCCGAGUAUGUUCUGCCGACAUUCGAUGUCGAGGUACUACUGCCUCCCUAUGCGACCUAUAAUCGGUCUGAUGUGGUGGCGACAGUCAAAGCCAUUUACACCUACGGAAAGCCUGUUAAGGGAGAAGUGACUCUCACUGUUCAACCAAAAGUCAGAUAUAAUAUGCUUUCUGUCAGACCUUUAGAACAGUUCCAAACAAAGACUACAAUUGAUGGAAGUGUUGACAUUCCCGUCACUAUUGUUCGCGAUUUGAAUCUUAAGACAGAUUUCUUCGAAAGAGAGAUCGAGUUCUUCGCUCUCGUAGAGGAAGGCCUCACCGGAAGAAAGUAUAAUAAAUCCAAUUCUGUUAAAAUCCACGACAAAGAAGUGAAAGUAGAACUCAUCAAAACAUCGAAGACUUUUAAACCCGGUCUCAAAUACACGGCUAUCUUGAAAGUGGUCUAUCAGGACGACAAACCAGUCGAUGAAAACGGUCCUCAACUCAAACUGAAAUAUGGAUUUUCAUAUAAUGAAGACGAUUGGAACAACACUCUCUUCCUGACACCAGUCAAUGGACUCAUUACUCUUGAGAUAUAUCCGCCAAGAAUUAAGGACAUUAUGGUUCUGAGUCUUAGAGCCGAAUACAAGGGACAGACCUAUUACUUGGAGAGCAUAGAGAGCGCUCAGUCGCCCUCCAAUAACUUUAUUCAAGUUAUUAAAAGUGAUAAAACAGACGCACGAGUUGGAGAAGAAGUGAGAUUUAUGGUCAAUGCAACCGAACCUCUCACUAGAAUAGUGUAUGAAGUGAUGGGAAGAGGAGAUAUUGUGUUGGCCCGCAGUGUCGACGUUCCCAACAGUAACUCAUUUGACUUCAGUCUUAUGGCGACCCAUAAAAUGGCCCCAAAGGCUCGCGUUGUUUGUUAUUAUGUGAGACCAGACAAUCAGGAAGUGGUGGCCGACGCUCUUAACUUCGAUGUCGAGGGUGUGUUCAAAACUCAAGUCACAGUUGACACCAAUGUUAGGGAGACAAAGCCCGGAGCGCUGGUAGACGUGAGGGUCGACACUAAGCCCAACGCAUACGUCGGUAUUCUAGGCAUCGAUCAGAGCGUUCUUCUGCUUAAAUCUGGUAAUGAUAUCACACAACAAGAUGUCAUCAAUGAGUUGCAGACAUACGACACCGGAAAGACAUCCAACCGACACCUUCCGCGAUGGUAUCGCAACAAGAGAUCUCUGUGGUGGCCCGGAUCCAGCACUACCGGCGAGAUCUUCGACGACUCCGGUGUUGUCAUCCUAUCUAAUGGUCUCAUUCAUCGACACAUCCAUAUGAACUCCGAGCCCCGUGUCUUGGAUGAGGCCGACGGCUCAAUGGCAGCCAGUUUUGGCUCAAAUGAAUUGCCAACGAAUAGCAAACAGACUAAUGAUGUGAACAAAGUUAGAAAGAAUUUUGUCGAGACUUGGUUAUGGAACUCAACCAUAACUGGUGAUAACAUACGACUCGAUGACUUCAUUUUGGAGGACAGACUCCAACCGCCAGACUUUCAUUUGUCUCAAACACCCGACUCUCGUAUUGUCCUCCGAAAAGAGUUCCCGGAGACCUGGCUCUGGACCAAUCAAAUGGCCGGAAAUGAUGGAAGUGCUGUCAUUACAAGUCCUAUUCCCGAUACUAUUACAUCUUGGUUUAUUAGUGCUUUUGCUAUGGAUCAGGUCACAGGUCUGGGUAUUGCACCCACCAGUGCUAAAGUCACAGUUUUCCGUCCAUUUUUCAUCAAACUAUCUCUGCCUUACUCUAUAAUACGGGGCGAAUCGGUGGCACUUCAGGCCAUUGUUUUCAAUUACUUUAAUAAACCGAUUGAAGCGGAGGUAGUGAUGGAUAACAGGAAUAAUGAGUUUGAGUUCACGAACGCCGCCAACGAAAUAGAGUUCGCGGACACCAAGAAAGUGACCGAAAAGAAGAAAUUCAUAACAAUUCCGGCCAACGAUGGCGUCUCCGUUACAUUCCUCAUAACCCCGAAGAAGAUCGGAUACAUUGACAUCAAACUAACGGCCACCGCACCUACAGCUGGAGAUUCUGUCCUAAAGAAACUGCUGGUCAAACCUGAGGGUCAAACCCAAUACUUUAAUAAAGCAGUUCUCAUAGACCUCAAAGACUCUCCAAAUGUGAUAAAGAAGAAUAUUUCAGUUGUUAUACCGAAUAACGCGGUCCCGGGUUCUGAAAGGGUCACCAUUUCUGGAAUCGGAGAUAUUAUGGGACCGACUGUUAAUAAUUUGGAUGAUUUGCUUCGUAUGCCUUAUGGAUGUGGGGAACAGAAUAUGCUUCGAACCAAUCGGUUAACUCCGGCCAUCAAAUCCAAAGCCAUCUCUAAUAUCGAGAGCGGAUAUCAAAGGGAACUGACGUACAAACGAGACGACGGGUCCUUUAGUGCCUUCGGAAACAACGAUAAGAGUGGCAGCACUUGGUUAACAGCCUUUGUAGUUAAGUCAUUCAUUCAGGCCAAAGCACUGGUAGAUAUUGACCAGAAAGUUGUCGAGAAAUCAAUUGAAUGGCUCAUCAAUCGACAAAAACCUGACGGAAGUUUCAGUGAACCGGGAGAAGUACAUCACAAAGCAAUGCAGGGCGGCUCCACUGGCGGGUUGGGGGUACUGACAGCCUAUGUUCUCAUUGCUAUACUUAAGGACACGACUGCCAAAAGAGACCGAAGGGCUGAGCUAUCGAGAGCUGAAAGUUAUAUAUGGAAUGAAUUUACUUCAUCUCGAAAUCCAUAUGACUUAUCAAUCAUUACUCAUGCCUUGCAUUUGGCUGACAGUCCAUACCGUGACAAUGCAUUCAACCGACUCAUGAGUUUUGCCAAAAAGAGUCCCGACUAUAUGUGGUGGGAGGAGGACAGGGAGGAGGCAACCAAUCAGACCGAGAAACAGUCGGCGCACUUCUUCUACCCGCGCUCUAACGACGUGGAGAUGACGGCCUAUGCGUUGCUGACAUUAGUGGCGCGAAGUGAUCUCGAAAAUGCAGUUCCAGUACUUCGUUGGCUGAUCUCCAAACAGAACUCAAACGGAGGCUUUUCCUCCACUCAAGACACAGUCAUUGGAAUCCAAGCGUUGGGAGGGUUGGCUCAACGGAUCUCCUCCACAACCGUCUCAUUGAAUGUUAAAUACAAUUAUAAGGCGGACGACAGACACGAUACCAAAGAUAUGAAGAUUGAUAGCAAUAAUGCGAUUGUCUUACAGCGCAUAGAACUUCCCCUUUCGACCAAAUAUGUUGAGGUGGAGGCCAGUGGUUUCGGUGCGGCUAUAGUGCAGGUCUCGUGGCAGUACAAUCUGGCCGUCUCUGCAGAACAGCCCGCAUUCUUCUUGAAUCCACUCAUCGAUAAGACUUCCACAGAGAAUUAUCUCCAACUUAGUGUUUGCACUCAUUACAAAGAAGGAAAUGCAACGAAUAUGGCUGUUAUGGAAGUGGAACUGCCGUCAGGAUAUGUGGCCGAUGUAGAGGCACUGCCCAGUGUUACCCGGGCCAAGGAAAUCAAACGAAUUGAUACCUCAAAAGGCGAUACAAAUAUAACAAGAGAUGAGAUCUGUCUGACAGUGCCGGCGCACCGAACCCAUAGGGUGGCCAACAAUAAGCCGGUUCCGGUCACUGUCUAUGACUAUUAUGAUAGACAACAAACUUCGCGUAUUUUAUACGAACCAAAACUCGUAACCUUUUGCGAUUUAUGUCAGACGACGGCCGAUGAGCCGUUUUGCGAUUUAUGUCAGACGACGGCCGAUGAGCCGGUUUGUCAGAAGUGUGCCCUCAGGUCGAGCUCUGGUGAUGAAGACCUAACCGGAAGUGGAAAAAUAAUUGGUUCGUCAGACACAGGACUGCGACCGAUGACAAUGUGGUCGCUUCUGGUGGUGACCAUUGCGUCCAUAGAAUUGUAUCAAAUCUGGUCAUAAACAACACUAUCGAGUGCUUCAAACAAUAUUGCAAUCAAUCAAUUGAAUCCUCAAUAGUCUAUUGUAUAGUUCAUUAACUCUGUAAUCAUUUGCACAAUUAAUUAUACGUUAAUCUUAUUUUAAAUUUAAUAAACAUUAAAUUAAAU